UCACAUUUUAGGGCAUCAUUUAAAACUGACCGUUGAUUCCAGCACGAUGAGAUUCUAGGGUUCUUGCGAUUCCAGGUUAAGAAUGAAUGCGAAGCGCGGCAAGGAGCGCGAGGAUUUCGUUGAGUCGCGGAAGAAGGCUAAGCAAGUCGCGGAUUUUUACAGCGGGCGAUCCAACCAGUCGCGAGAGGAGCGCGAGUCGAGCCCGAUUAUCCAUCUCAAGAAGCUCAACAAUUGGAUCAAGAGCGUUCUUAUACACUUGUACGUUCACAAAGGAGAUUCCGUGCUCGACCUCGCUUGUGGCAAGGGCGGCGAUCUGAUCAAAUAUGACAAAGCGAACAUUGGAAGAUAUGUUGGCGUUGACAUUGCAGCUGGAUCGAUUGAUGACGCGAUGAAGAGAUACAACAACAGGAGGCAGAGACUGUCCUUCGCAGCGGAGCUCUUCUGUGGAGACUGUUACGAGGUAGAUCUCGAGAGAAGCAUCCAGGGAGGCUUCGAUGUUUGUAGCUGCCAGUUUGCUCUACAUUACUCGUGGUCGACGAUAGAACGGGCAGAGCGAGCUUUGGAUAAUGUUUCCAGAAUGCUCAACCCGGGUGGCUUCUUCAUAGGGACCAUGCCAGAUUCGAACGUGAUUGUCCAGAAGCUCCGAGCUGCGCAAGACCUCGAGUUUGGGAACAGUGUGUAUAACAUAAGCUUUGGGGAGGAACACAGAACCAAGGUAGAGCUUUUACUUUUGAUGAACGCCGUAUACUUGCUGUUUACUUUCCAGAGAUUUCCUCAAGCCACUCGUUUUGGGAUCCAGUAUCACUUCAAGCUCGAGGAUGCUGUGGAUUGCCCAGAAUGGCUGGUUUUCUUCCCUUAUUUCCAGUCUUUAGCGGCGAAUUAUGGGUUAGAUCUUGUGCUUAAACUUAACUUUCAUGACUUUGUCCACAAGCACAUCAAAGACGACCACUUUAUUGAUCUAAUGCGGAAACUCGGUGCUUUGGGAGAUGGAAGUAAUGGAGACACCUUAUCUCCAGACGAAUGGGAAGCUGCUUACCUCUACUUGGUAUUCGUCUUCAAAAAGAGGGGCGAGCCAGGCCCCAGACGACAACAGAACGAUCGGCGAAGACAAUGGAGUAUGAUGAAGGCUGAAGAUAUCAAGAAGCUAGUGACGUGAAGCUACCGAGAAAACUUCCUGUAAAUUGAGAAAAGCUUUCCGUCCAGCCAUAUAUCCCUGGAAAUUGCACAAUGCAAACGACUUGGUUGGCCGCCAGUAACUCAUUGCAAGUCUCCACCAAUUCAGGCAGUGUAUUCCAAAUGUUCUUCUCUACUAUUGAAUAAUCCUGGAGAUGAUCACCUUGAGAAAACAAGUGGAAACCAUGAAGAUCCAAGAACUAAGCUUAUUACAAAA